AUUCUCCCAUAAGGCAAUUCUAAACGUUACUGCUUUCAGAUUGAAAUGGCAAAGACUCUAAUAUGGCGGCCCAGCAGUCUUUCCUCCGCUAGCCCCCAUGAUCACCACCCUCUUCUCCGUCGCCAAGCUCUCCGUUCGUCGUCUCUUCUCCUACUUUCGAAACGAUGCUUCGUUUCCCGCAACGCAAUAUUCCCAAACAAAACCGAACCAAACUUAUUGUUUUUGUCUUGCAACCAUGACGGAGAAAAGAGGCGCCCAAUUGAGAGCCAUGGCUAUAAGUCACCAAAAUUAGGGUUUGGUCUCGCGGGUAACCGUAGGUUCACCGUUAAAGCCGCCAACGUCAAUGAUGCUGGUUCAAUUGACUCUCUUCUUAUGCAGUCCAUGGAAAAGAAGAUCAAGGAGGAGCUGAAUGCAGAAUCAGUUACUGUGAAAGAUGCAUAUGGGGAUGGGAGGCAUGUCAGUAUUGAUGUGAUCUCUUCAGCAUUCGAAGGACAAUCAAGCGUGGAUAGGCAGAGAAUGGUUUACAAAGCCAUAUGGGUGGAGCUUCAAAACACAGUGCACGCAGUUGAUCAAAUGACUACCAAGACCCCCGCCGAGGCAGCAGAACAGAAGUGAUUGAACAUUUACCAGUGAGUCGAUAAAGAGAUAAAAAUGUUAUCUAUUUAGUUUUCUUGUAGCAUGACAGAAAUAAUUUUGUAUUCCAUUUCCUUCUGGAAUUUUCUUGCUAGAAACUAUCAGUGCUAAGCCACGAAAGUGGGAAAAUAAGGCAUAAUCAAUUGGUGAUUGCUAUUGCUUUGACA